AGCGCUCACUGGAGUUCUCAACACACGAAAUCGUCUAGAUGGAGAAUUUCCGGGAUUAUAUACAUUCGAAGCUUCAAAAACUUCAUCAAGACACGGAGAAGAUGCUUGAUAUGCUUUAUCAGGAUCCUCCAGUUGAUCCACGAUGCACCGAACAUUUUUCCUUGCUUGAUCGAAAAGUGGAAAUAAUAUCGGAGGUUCAAGCGAUACAAGAAAAGAAAAUUGGACUUCUCAAUGAGAGUUUGAUGAACAUUCAGAAGCAGCCAGCGACAUCAGAGCCAUCGAAUGCAGAAUUUAUUUCGAACACCAAAACAGAACUUCGAGAGAUGCGUUCAGAAAUCAAGUAUGUGGAAAGUGAGCAGAAGCUGCAAGAUCACGAACUUCGAUUGAUGAGAAACGAUCAAGAUAAUGAUAAAAAAUCAAUUCAAGCUUUGAGCGUCGAAGUAACCGAAUUGAAAAGUACCCAGAGGGAUUCUGAAAAUGAAAAUGAAUCGAUACAGUACCAAGAAUUCAAGAUUCACAAAGAAGAAGUUCUCAAUGACGUGAAGUCAAUUCAUGGCGAGAUUAUGGAGAUGAAAAAGAAACAAAAUGUUUCCGAACUUUUCAAUGAGGAAGUUAUCAAAGAGUUCAAAGCAAUCAACAGAGAGAUGAAAGCUCUUGGAGCAAAAGGUUAUAAUGAGAAGAAAGAGAAAAUGGUUCUGAUUGAAGAGGAAAUCGUUGGAACAUGGAAACCUUCUUCAUUGCACAACUACCCACAUUGUGCAAAACCUGAGGAUCCAAUUAGAAAGAGUCAAUGGCUGAAUGGACAUCUGAGAUAUUCUCUCCACGGAGAAUACUUGACAUGGAAAUUAUUCGUUUUAAUUGAUAAUACCUGGGAUACUGUCAAGGAAACAACAAUUCUUCUUGGAUAUGAAACGAAAUAUUCCGAUCACACUGAAACUUGGACUUUCGAGAAUAAUCAUCUCAUCAUCAUUUUCAAAAACCGGACUGAUCACACCAUCAUCAAGAAGUUCUUCCAGUUCACUGUCGACGGAAAGUUGCAUAUUGUAUAUCACAAUUUGGUGGAUGACGUCACAUGCACUCGAAUCUACGAAAAAGAGUAAAACACUCCUCGAAACUAAUGCAUUUUGUUGUUUCAUUUUUGUACAUUUCUGUUAUGUUGUUACUGUUAUAAAUUGUUCAAUAUUU